UGAUGCGUUUCCCUCAGUUUGAAUUUGUAAACCUUUUUUACAGUAAAGAAAAGAUCAGUUUCUUUAAAUCGAUGCAGAAUCUCAAUUGAAAGUUGGAACAAUGAUUUCAGAAUUUCCAAUGCCAGCCUACUGUCACAUUUCCAUUGAAAAACACAAUUUUAUUAUAUAUAAUAUGGCGUUCUCUAGUCACAUUUCAAAAUAAGGCUACAGAAUGCGUAAAUUAUGGCAAACUUACUUAUUCACAAGAAAGCACCUAUUUCGAUUUAAUGUGUGAAAUGCCCUUGGUUGAUUUUGGGUUGAUCUGGGGUGGGGGGGGGGCGCAUUAUCAGAAAAUGAUAUCACCAACUGAAAGAUCAUGUAUAGACCUAUAACUAAAAUGUAGUUUAGAAAGGUUUUGAUAAAUGAUUGGUCGUAUCACGAGGAUAUGAAUUUGUGACAAGAAGAUUGACAUUAUUACAUGAUAGGUACUACGAUCGCUUUAAAAAAAAACACCUUUCAAUUAUAUUUAUUCAGUUUCCAACCUAAUUUCCAACACCUUCGAUAUCAUCAAACAUUUUAUUUGUUUAAAAGUUUCUAAACGAUUUGAUGUAAAAUUUAAAAACAAAUUCUUUUUUCUUAACCCUGACUUGUCAUUCGGUGUAUUUUCACUAAUUUGCUUUAUCUUUUUUACGUAUACCUUGACAUAUGAAUAAUAAUUUAAAUUUGUAAAUAACACCCCUCAAAUCUCAUUAUUUGUUCUCUCCAUGUAUUGUAUUAAUAAUGGCAGUAAGUGUUCUUAUUGAUUCAUAUUGAUUGUAUAAAAAUAGAGGUUAUGGGUAUUCGGCAAUGAUACAGGAACCAUACGACAGAAACAAUCAAAACACAUAGAGUGCUACAAUCUUCAGUAAUUCCAAUAAAUUAUUAACUAAUGAAAAUCUGACGUUAAAAGAAAUAUUGUAGACAAACGAAUGAAUCACUACAUCCUGCGUCAAAACUGUGACAAUGAAGAUUGUAUUGCACUUAGAGUAUCUAUUAGGUAAAGGAGGAAAUGUCAUCAAAGUGAGAGGGUUAGCGCUAUAAAACCAGGUUUAAUCCACCAUUUUCUACAUUUGAAAAUGCCUGUAUCAAGUCAGGAAUAUGACAGUUUUUGGUCCAUUCGUUUUUGAUGCGUUUUGUUAUUUGAUUUUGCCAUGUGAUUAUGGACUUUACGAAUUGAUUUUCCUCUAAGUUCGAUUUUUGUGAUUUUACUUUUUAGAAUAAUUCUAGAAUUAAAGUUACUCAAUAAAAGAAAGAAAAAAAACCCCAAAUAAUUAUAUAAGAUAAAAAGCGUAUACGAUAUAUUUUGUAGGUUAAACAUAAUAAUCUUUAUAAAAAGGAAAUAAUCGUAACUUUACUUCCGUAUCAAAUGUAUAUUAUUUAUAAAAAAAACAAGAGAUAAAUCAAAAUGCCGUAAGAUAUAUUUAUAUAACAACCAUGUAUCCCGAAAGAGGGAACCUAGUUGAAAUAAAUCUACAUAUAAAAACGAAAACAACUCUUUAGCAAAGAUCAAGUGACGAAGUUAAUAACUAUAAGACAUGUGUAUUGUUUAUUUUCAUAUCCCUCAAGCAUAGCUCAAACACUUUGCUAUAUUUUCGGUCCUUAUUGGUUACAUCACCUCAUAGUUAGUUAUUCGAAUGAGAUUUUUUAUUUCAAAAUAAUUUGACAAAUAUCUUAACCCAAACAUAUUUAAUUUACUAUAUUCAGCAUAUAAAUAUAUUUCAUUAAUUAAAGCCGAAGUGAUUGGUAUAAUGUAGUCAUACUAGCUAUACUAACUCUCGAAAUGCUUUUCCGGUAUGUAUCAUUCAUUAAAAGAAAAUAUGUGUUGCUUAUUUUAUUCCUUUAAAAUAUAAUGUUUGUUGAAAUGAAAGCAACAACGUUAAUUCAAUUCUAUAAUUGAUUCCCAAUCGAAUCCUGUAACUUAAAAUUAGAAUAGAUUGAGAGUGUGGUAACAAAAGAAGAUUCACCAUUAUUGUAUUUUAAAUAGUUUGAUUGAAAAACCAAGAUCAAUCGGAAAUGAACGAGGACACGAGUAACAAUGUAUUAAGACUUUUAGAAAACCUAUUUACUAAAAAUAAAUAUCGCAAGUGCUCAAAGUGUUCCGGCAAGGAAAGAGCAUCUUCAAAAUUGAAAUUUUCUUUUUGCGUACAAUCCCCCAUUGUCAUUAAUCGGAUUUAAUGUUAUGUAAUUUGUCGAGCGGAGAACGAGGUAAAUGUUUUUUUUUACAGAAUAUUCUUCUUAAAAUUUAAAUAAUGUUCCUCAUAAUCAAUCUGAUGUUUGUAUACCUAACUGUCGGCCAUGUCAAUACAGAUGCUGCAAGAGGAAGGAAAUGUUACUUUUCAACAAAAUGUCGUUGUUUCUCAUUUUUACCGACCCCAUACUACAACGCUGUAUGUUCCCAUUCAACGUUGCAUGCCAUUCCAGUCUUCAAGGAUAACAUACACAGCAUCGAUUUAAGCUAUAAUCGUAUACAAAAAAUACAAAACAGACAUUUUAGUAAUAAUGGCAAUCUGAAGGAAUUAAAUCUGUCACACAACAAAAUUAAAACAUUAUCAAAGUACUCUUUUUAUGGAUUGCGAAAAUUGUCUAAGCUGAUUGUAAGCCAAAAUGCAAUAGACAGUGUAGAAACUAACACAUUUUUCUAUUUACAGUCUUUGGCAUAUUUAGACAUGAAACACACUAGAAUCAAUGUUUCAACUCUGCAAUCUCUUCUGUUUCUUAAAACAUUAAGAAUGGACUUCAUACUAAAGGAUAGUAACAAUUUAUCAUUUAGACUUUUGCAUUUAAAAAGUCUUGACCUAUCAGGUAUGUCUGGUAGAUGUGAGGCUAGAACAUUGACCGAGGAUGUGUUUAACUUUAUUCCUAACAUAGAGGAUCUAAACCUUUCCGCGUGUAAAAUCAAUCGGAUCUACAAGGGAACUUUUCAAUUGAUGAGGAAUCUUUCAAUAUUAGACUUAUCUUAUAAUACUUGCCUUAAAUUUUCAGGGGUUGAAAAUGUAACCAAAGAUUUGCCAUACACCUCUAUCAAGAUUUUAAAGUUGACUAAAAUUCAUAAAACAUUUGAGAUGAAUACGAUGAUCAAACGUUCACAUUUAAGAAACUUGAAGAGAACAAAUCUUAUAGAACUACAAAUAAAUAGUAAUAGAAUACAAAAAAUGGAGAAAGGGGCAUUACUUUAUCUACCGAGUUCACUUCGUACAAUAUCCAUGUCCGAUAAUGAAUUUUCAUACGGCGAUUAUCUUUCGGAUGUCAUCGUUUUACAAGUUGAAAAUGCAAACAUUUCCGAAUUGUUUAAAUCUCAUAUUCCUUCAAACCACGAGGAACGUUGCGAGCAUCGAAAUGAAAGUAUUUUUUCGGAAGAGGAAGUCGAAAAACACAUUUUGUCAAUACGAUCAAAUUUUGUUCCUUUGCCAUACAGGCUGAAAUCAUUUGUCUACAGAAAAUGUAUGAUUCGAUAUGAAAUACCACCAAUGAAUUUGUCGGCAAACUCAAUCGAGUAUCUUGAUGGUCAUCAAAAUAUGUUCUUUUCUUUAAUAGGUCCGUUGUGUCCCCUCGACAAUGUGACAUAUGUGGAUCUGUCUGAUAAUAUGAGUUCUAAUAUAUCAAAAGUGUUCUUCCAGUGCACUUCCAAUUUAAAGAUACUGCGGUUACAAAAUAAUCUUUUAGGAUUUGUUCUGCCUGAUGAUGUUAACGGUGAAGUUUUACAACAUGUACCACAACUCCAAGAAAUUAACCUAUCAGAAAAUAGAAUACCGACAUUAGCAUAUAAUUUUUUUAAGGCACAAGUUUCAGUUCGACGUUUAUACUUAGAUGGUAAUUUGUUAGAUUAUCUUAUAUUCAAGAUUGACCAUAUGAAGAACCUUAAUUUUUUAGGUCUAUCUAACAACCGAUUUUCGUAUUUGGAUAAAUUAGCAAGGGAUCAGUUAGAAACUGUAUUUAAGAAUAACAAAAAUUUAAGCAUUGAUAUAAGUGGGAAUCCUCUAAAGUGUACGUGUGAUACAAAAGAUUUUAUACAAUGGAUGGGAAACACUAAAAUUCUAUUUAAUAACCUGCAUUUAUAUUCGUGCAGAUUAUCAACCGAUAAAAAACAAAACUUAAAUAAUCCAAAGCGUUUAUAUGAAGUUUUGCAAAAAGAAUGUGCCUCUUACACGUCCUUAGUUAUAGGCUUAAUAUCAUUGUUUGUUUUGUUUGUUUCCAUUCUGACUUUUGGGUUAGUGUACAGACAAAGGUGGAGAAUUCGAUAUAUGUACUACAUGGUUAAAAUACGAUAUUUUGAAACUAAGCAAAAGACUGACGAGAGGAAGAUAUACAGAUAUGAUGCUUUCGUUUCAUACGAAAGUAAUGAUCGAUCUUUUGUCCAUGGACAACUUCUUCGAAAACUAGAGAACGAUGCUGGAUUGAAAUUAUGCAUUCAUCAAAGAGAUUUUCUCCCGGGACGUGAUAUUGCAGAAAAUAUAACUUCUGCUAUUCACGACAGUCGUAAAAUUGUCGUCAUAAUGUCUCCAAACUAUCUAGAUUCAUAUUGGUGUAUGUUCGAAUAUAACAUGGCAAGAGUAGAAAGUAUUUAUUCAAGGAACAAAGAAAAUAUUUUGUUCCUAGUUUUCUUGCAACAAAUGUCACCUAGAAGUUUGCCGUUACUUGUUUUAGAACUUGUGCAGUCACAAUCGUACAUCGAAUAUCCUAAUGAUGAAUAUGGAGACACAGUUUUCUGGGAAAAACUGAAAGAAGUUUUGACAUAGACGUCCUUAUACUUUAAGUAUGUCAGAGACCUAUAAUUAACGUUGAUUUACUGAACCUAAAGCUGUUACAAUUGCUUUCAAACCUAACACUGGGUUAAACAAUGUUUCCGUUUGGUCACAAAGUUCUCCAUAAAUAGAGGUGUACGUAGGAAUUGUUUUCAAACCAACAUUUAAGAAGAUUUAAAAUUGUUUAGUUUUCUAAUGUGAACCCUUUUUUAGGAAACUUUUAACAUAUGUUAGCAUUAUUUUUCGAUGAAAGGAGUUUCAAAUGCAGUAAAUAAAGAGUUAUCUAACCUUG